UUAAAGAUGGCAACAAAGCUUCAAUUUUUUUUGGUACUUAUACUUUCAUGUGCCACUCUGCAGAUCUCCAUGGCUGGAGAUCCUGACAUUCUAUCUGACUUCAUUGUUCCACCAGGUUUUAGUAGCCCCAUAGACGGAAAUUUCUUCACCUUUACUGGAAUGAGGGCACUUGUUAAUGCAACCUUCCCAACAACAUUUAAGGUCACAAAAGCAGCUAUGGCUGAGUUUCCUGCUCUUAACGGUCAGAGUGUUUCUUAUGCUGUACUCCAAUUCCCUAAUGGCACUGUGAACCCACCGCACACCCAUCCUCGGGCCUCAGAGCUGUUGUUACUUACCAUGGGCUCUUUAGAAGUUGGGUUUGUUGACACAACUAACAAUCUGUUUACUCAGACACUACAAAAAGGUGACAUCUUUGUGUUCCCUAAAGGACUUGUUCACUUCCAGUUUAACAGUGAUGCCAAUAAUCCAGCUUUGGCUAUCUCUGCCUUUGGAAGUGCUAAUGCAGGGACCGUGUCUGUUCCAAAUACAGUUUUCAAUACGACAAUCGAUGAUCAAAUAUUGGCUUUGUCUUUUAAAACAGAUGUUGCCACCAUUCAGAAGAUAAAAUCUGGAUUUUCAGGCUAA